AUGGCCGCCGCCUCGCCUCGCCGCCGUCCAACGCCUCAGACCUCCACCUUCAUCAUCGUCCUCUUCAUCCUGUCAGGCGGCUGUUUUUUGUCUGUUUGCUGUUUUAAAGUGGCGGAGGGUGGCGUGGCCUCUCUGUCCUGUCAGUACUCCGUGAAGCGUUUCGGCCUGAGCCGGGUCUGCUGGGGUCGCGGCUGUGGAACCUUCUGGUGCAACAACAUCCUCGUGCAGACGGACGAGAACGGCGUCAUCUCUAAGGUGACGGACCGGUACCGGCUGACGGGGGACGUUCUCGAUGGACAGAUGGACCUGGACAUCAUGAACGUGAGGCGGACGGACAGCGGGCCGUACUGCUGCAGGGUCGACGUCGACGGCAUCUUCAACGACAAGAAGGUGAUCAUGAACCUGAGAGUGGUGAAAGCCCCAGGAACCAGUUCACCUCCAACAACAACAACAACGACAGUAAUGACAACAACAACAACAACAGCAACGAAACCAGAUCGAGACAUGGAGCCGUCGGCCUCCACAGUAAACUGGAAAAUGCUGCUGUCGUCUCAUCUGGACCUCCUGAAGAACUCUACGCUGCUGCGCUCCGACACCGUCACUGUGGAGGACUCUCACCCGUCUCUCUCGCUUCAGAUCAAUGUUCCCGUCCUCUCGCUCUCUCUCACUGUGUUGCUGAUCUUAGCUUCAGUUUUUCUCUUUCUGGCCUUUAAACGUGGAAUCUACAGACGAGCCUUAAAGACCGGCUGUUUUUCCUCUGAGGAGCCUCCGCACAUCAUCUAUGAGAUUCGGAUGAGGAGACCAGUUCAGGAGAACAUCUACACUCUGGACUAGUUCAG